AUGGUGCAACGGUACAGGGUGCUUGUCAUGGUGCUGAUUGUGAGCCAACUCCUGCUGAGAAUCUUCAAUAAUAAAGAUAAGAAGAAAGGCCAGCAUGAUACAUAUUGCUGGUACAUGGAAAACAUAGGGCUGGUGGCCAGUCAAUUUCCCGACACAAGCAAUGUCAGGUUCCAGUCUCACAUCGAAGCUGUGGAGGUGGUUCUCAUGGAUCAUCAAGCUAUACUCAAGUUUCUGGAAUUUGUACGAGAUAAGAAGGAUCACUGGAAACUCAAUCAUAUGGAACUCAACUUGUACAAGGCUCUCCACUGUUCGAAGACAAUGACAGAGGUUGUUGCCAUUGUAUGGUUUGGGGGCCAGGCACAGAGUCUCUCAAUGUGCUGGACUUGGGACCAUUACACGGAACUGAAACAGCACCUCAAACUCAUUUUUACCAAUCCCGAGCUGAUCUUUGGUGCUAAUGUGGCCCCCAAGACAGCUUGCUUUGGUGGUCGGCUCUGUUUUAAUCCUGCUGCUAUGGCUGCAGCAUUCAAACUUGCCUCCAAGCUUGAGCAUCUGUGUCCAAUCACACUAGCCCUAUUCCAGGGAGCACUCAACAAGUGGGAAUCAUUCACAACUGAAUAUGCGCCAGGCGGCACAAUUCACCAAGCCAGUACUGAGGAGCAUGAUGCUGCAUGGAUGCCUGCAAUAAAUGACGCAAACAAGGGGGCCCUUGGCAUAUUCCGGCUGCGUGCACAAGAUAAGCCUACCUUAUCAAUGCAUCAGCACAAUGCAAUCACACAAUUUUGCCACAAUGACACGCAGUUGUUUGUGGACGCAACACUCACCUCAGAAGAUUUUUGCCAUGCCAUGCGCCUUGUGAGAGAAAUUGAUAGCACUGGACUUGAGAAGAAGUGCCACCUUGAGAUCAUUCAGCAUGAAGAGGGUGAGAUCCAAGCAAAGAGGCAGAGGGUUGCAGAGGCAGCAGAAGGAAGCACAGAAGAAGGCGAGCCGAGAGGCUGA